AUGGCGAGCGUAAACAAUGGGGGUGGGAUAGCUAGCAGUGUCGAAGAUGAAAUGGGCUGUUUAUCUUUAGAAGGCCUUAGCAGUCAUACAACAAGCGGAGGCAUUAAACAUGUGAUACGUGAAUGUUUUACUUCAGUUUAUUUAGGGGAGACGCUAAAAUAUGAUGUCGUCGUCAGGAGGGAACCAGCAGUGGAUGCCUCGGUGUGGAGAAAACAAGUGUCCCGUCUGGUUAGCCAAGCUGUGAUACAGCCCUGUUCGAAUCUAGUCUCAGAUGUUUUGCUGCCACCCAGGACUACUACUAGUUCCCCUCUCAUAAUUGUAGAGAAGAAUGAAAGCGAUGAGACGCCCAGCGGUUUGAUGUGUCACAUACUUGCAACAUUUGUGGGGAAUUCAAACAUGACUUCAUCCAGUGAUGAUUCAUCUUGCAAGCCAUUUUUUCGUGAUGAAGACACAUAUGUGAUCCCCAUGUCGUCGCCUCUGCAUGAUGUGCCAGAAGACUGCCAGUUUGUACAGCUGAAAAUUGUCCUGACACUUUACAGGGUGGCCGUCACUAGAUCAGAAACACCUCCUGGCCUAGAGGCCACCAUGGUGCCAUCUAUUGCUGGAACCGAGGAUUCAGAAAAUGGUUAUGGUGAUUAUGGUGGCCAGGACAUCACCAGAAGCCCUGCUGGCAGUCUCAGUCUGGAUCUAAGCCCAGUGAAGGUCUCCAGUAGUUACCGCUCUGUACAGGAAAAAUCAGUCACAGCGCGGCUGAGAGUACAAGGACCCCCAGAACUGAGAAUGAGGCAUUCCUCAGCAGGACAGAAGCAGCUGAUUCUUCUAGCAGUCAGCAACAAAACAGAAACACAGAUGGUGAUUAAAAAUAUCCAAAUGUUGUCCAGCUCCAGUCCGGUUCAUGACAUUCUGGUCUGUGAAGAAGGAAGCUCAGUGAAGUGGGAGACCUGUCAUCAAGUGAUUAACCUGGAGAGCCCCAGGAGGAGCCAUGCCUUUCCUGUCAUUCUGAGCUGCUGUGAGGAACUGAAUCUCAUCUAUCGGCUGCACCUGUCGUCCGUGCCGACUGAUUCUGAGUUGUCCCUGAGAGCCAACAUCAAGUGGACACAUGCAGGAGCCAGUAAUGAGAUUACAACAGUCUACAAGAUUCCAAGAAUAAAAGUUCGCUGUCCACCUUUCAUCGUGACUGUCAAAUGUGAUGAGGAAACAGAGCUCAAUAAAUCAUUUUCUGUGACAUACACAAUCUCAAACCAACUGUAUGACUUCAUGAGCAUGAGGCUCUACUACAAUCUGGACAACAUGUGUCGGGCACUUACAGAACAAGGGGGCUCAGAGGAAGAGGUUAGUCGUAUCCAGCAUCUGAGAGAUUCCGUUGUUUGCCAUGAUCCAGAUACUGCCAUAGGUUCCUGUCCUCGGGGUUCCAGUGUGCCUGUCAGAGUUGGCUUUCUCAUUCACAAGCCGGGACUCUAUGAGUUGAGUGAGCUGAUGAAGGUGAACCUUCGCUACUCUCUGCUGGACACUCAGCUGUCCCCUGUGCCUGACGACAGAGAGAGUCACUCCACUUCCAGUGGAGACACAAGCAUCUCAUUCCAGUCCGCAGAUGACCACCUCUCUGCCUCGGAGGAACUGUGGAGGGGCAGAAGUGGCAGCACAGCCUCUCUUGCCACACCUGUCCUAUUUCAGUCGGCAGAGGAACGCAGAAGAAGCUUCGCAUCCAAAUCUUACUCGUUUGGAGACCUGGGUCCAACCGUAUCAGCUGACUCUGAUGAGGCUGUUAAUCUGAGGAACAAAGGACACAUCAAAAGAUCAUCGGCUGUCCCUGCACCUCGCCCGCCACCGCCGAGAAUGCUGAGCCAGACGGAGCGGGAACUCAUCCGACCCAGUAAUUUCCUCAAGCAGCCAUUUUACAUCUACAUCAGUGAUCCACUGAUUACAUAG